AUGAGCCAGGAUAAUUCGUAUCAAGGUGCUGGAAAAAGUACACUCGGAAAUUUGCUUCUCGGAAAACCACAUGACGAAGGUCCCUUUAAAGUCUCGGCGGGUAUGGAAUCCUGCACGCAAGUAUGUGGCGAGGCAGAAGUGACAAUCGUUGGCGAGAAGUAUAAACUUGUCGACACUCCCGGAAUCUUUGAUACACAAAAGCCUAAUGAAGAAGUCUUUAACGAAAUUGCACGAACAGUUCAUAUAUGUGCUUAUGGUGUCAAAGCUAUCCUUUUUGUUUUUGAAGCAAAGCGGUUUACUGAAGAACAAAAGAAUGUCUUGGAAGGUAUAAGAUGUUUUCUUGGAGAAAGCGCAAUGGACUAUAUAAUUCCUAUUUUUUCCCAUGCAACAAAAAAGCAGAAUGAAAACAGGGAUGAAAUGCGAAAGACUUGGAAUCAGACUGUUUCUUCCUUUAUUAGGAUUCUAGGUGGCCGCUGGGGAAUAUCCCCAAAUUCUGACUACUUUCCUCCAGAAAGUUCCGUACACAAAGCCCGGUUGACAGAGAUUCAAGACUUCAUCGCCAGUACACGAGGUGUCUAUACUACAGAAGCAUUUGAAUUCGCUCGGCAAGAGCAAGAGAAAAAUCGGCGUGAAAGGGAAGAGGAAGAAAAACGAGCAAAUGCGCAAUACGAAGAAAAUUUGAGAAAGGAAGGGAAGAAGCAAGCUGAAGAAAAAUUUAAAGCAAAAGAGAGCGAAUCCUUGUCGGAAAUGGAGGUGGAAAAACGCAGAAACGACUUAUUAAAGUCGGAAAUGGAGGUGGAAAAACGCAGAAACGACUUAUUAAAGUCGGAUGUCGACUCGGAAAAACACGCACACAAAUCAUUAAAGUCGGAAUUCGAUACACUGAAGUCAGCUAAAUCGGUACAAAUUCAUGGCAAUAAUAAAAAAGCAGAUAAACAUCUCUUAAAUCCUAGCUGUUUUGCUCUUGAUACAAAAGUGCGACUCGCCAGCGGCAAAUCGGUAGAGAUGUCAGAACUUCAAGUUGGUGAUCUUGUUUUAAGCAACGUCAGUAAUAACAGACUUGAGUUCUCUGAAGUUUACUUGAUAUCUCAUCUGGGACAUCACGAUUAUCCCGUAAAUAUGGUAAAAAUUGAAUUCAUAAGUCCCGAUGGAAGUAAAGGUCAAAUCCUCAUGACACCUAUGCAUUGCAUCUUCGGUAGCGAUUUAUUGCUCUUAUAUGCUAAAGAUGUGGUGCCUGGCAAGACGGAAAUCCUAGUUUUAGAUAAAACGAAUGAACUUAUUCCUGUCAUUGUUGAUAGUCUUGUCAUUGAAAAGGACACUGGCUACAUCAGUUUUUAUACACGUGCCGGUACUGUGAUCGCAAAUAAUAUAUUAUGCUCGUGCUAUGACGACUGCCCACCAUCACAACUUUUAAUGGACUUGGCGUUCGCACCAAUUCGAUUGUGGACUAAAAUAUUUCCAUCCAAUCAUCGUCAAAAAGAACUUCAUCCAUACGUGCAAAUCCUGGAGACCGCCUAUGUCACUUGGUCCAAAGCAUUGGAAGGAUGCAGUUUUCUUUAA